UCGUCUUGUGGGGGAUCAAUAGUACCGAAUAAGCUCGAAAUUUGAGGGAAACUCUUGCGGCAAUGUCGCAACUUUCCACACCAUUUGGUUGAUCUCGUGUGCGCGGGUGGCCAUGUUUACACAGAAUUGGCGGGCGCGAGAAAGGUUGCGACCAAUCACAAUGGAGUGGGCGGAGCGGCGCGGCGUAAAACAAUGCGGUGAUUGGCCUGCCUAUUGUGCCGCGUGACGUAAUCAAUAACCACAGCCCGCCAACACUGACUCGUUACAAAUGGCGACUUUGUGAGUCAAGUCAGUGUGGCCAGAGAGCCCGAAAAGGUAACACCGUUGGCGUGCGGCUGUCGGAGGGCGGAGAUGUUUAUCACAUGGCAGCGCCGCGCUGACAGCACUCCGUCUCCCACCGCCCUAGCGCGAGCGUAGCACUAUCUUACUCUCCCACACUACCUGCCCAGCGCUUCCCCCCACAGGUGCAUCGCGACUAAUUGUGUGCCGCAUAUGAAUUUACCGAACUGCGUCUUCUAACGUUCUUAAAGAAUACCUCAGUGACUUUAACAAGCGAGAGAUUUUUUUGUCCGAGAGAUAAUUCCCCUUACAAACGUCGUGGAACUUUGAAGAUUUCAUCGCUGCGACACAUUGCCCGCUCGCUUCAGCCGCAGCUCCAUCUGCGGCAGGUAGUGAGGCUGCGGGCGGCGACGACGACGGCGGCGGACGACAGGAUGAGCGCCAAGGACUCGCACGUCAAGCGACCCAUGAACGCCUUCAUGGUGUGGUCUCGCGGUCAGCGCCGCAAGAUGGCGCAAGACAAUCCCAAGAUGCACAACUCAGAGAUCUCCAAAAGACUAGGUGCUGAGUGGAAGCUGCUGACGGAUGCUGAGAAGCGACCCUUCAUCGACGAGGCUAAGAGACUCAGGGCGCUCCACAUGAAGGAACACCCUGACUACAAGUACCGUCCCAGGCGUAAGGCCAAGAGUCUGGCCAAGAAGGACAGCAGAUACCACUUCCAGCUGCCAAUGUUCCCGCCCAUGCUUGAGGGUCUGCGCCCCUUCUACCCUCCGCCCCACCUGUUGGCGCCCCCCGGGGGCCACGCGGGGCCACACGACAAGACUCACGGGGACCUGGCCCGCUCCCUGCUGCCUCCCCCGCCCCUCUUCUCCCCCCACCUCUCUGGUCUCCACUACCCGCACAUGGACCCCGGCGUCCUCUCCAGGAUGACCUCCCCCGACGCUCUGGCACUCUCCAAGCUGCCCACCUCGGAGGCCAUGACACUCUCCAAGAUGGCCUCCGUCGAGUCUUCCCUCUUCUCCAGGCUCACGCCUCACGAUGUCUUCAGUCUAUCCAGGUUAUCGUCGUCGCCACUCCCGUCUCACUUGACCUCGCCUCACCUGGCCUCGUCCUCCGGAUUGCCCGCAUCGAGGGUCACCGCCAGUCUCAACCAUUCCGGUCUAUCCUCUCCGAUCCCCCAUCCGGCGUCUCCGAACUUGGCGCCCUCCAGCCUGGCGUCCCCGGUGCCCAAGUACCCGUCCGAGGUCUCCGCCACAAGUGUUCUUUCCAGACUGCCGCUGGAUAACCCCUACCUGGGGCUGUCGGCGCGCGAGCUGGAACAUCUCCGGUUCCAGCAGCUCCACACGCUGGAGAGGGAGAGGAGGAUGAGGGAGGAGCUGGCCGUCUCUCCGCCUCUCUCCAGAAGCCGGUCGCCUUCGCCGUUCAGCCCGAGGAUUGAUGUCGACAGUCGUUCUCGGGAGUCCAGUCCUGAGAGAAGCCCAAACGAGACCGAUCCAGCGGCUGGAGACGGCGAAAUGCGGAGAAUUUGUGACGUUGGCGGCCGUGAUGAAGACCCAGACGUGUCCAACAGCGAUGAUUCGAGAGCUUUCGUCAGGUAUGGAGAGAGGAAGCUCUCUGAAGCCGCGCCUGACUCCCCCAGCGACAGGUGCCCCGCGCCCUCCCCGCCAGGCGCACUGCGCCUCCCGCACCCUUUCUACCCCGCCGCCGCCCUCGCCACCAGCAUCUACUACUCCACGGCCCCGCACCACUCCGUCGUCGCUUCAGCAGCAGAUAUGGCCAGAAAUUACUUCAGCAGCUGCGUGUACCCGUCGGGGGGCUCAGUGGGCUACCCUCACGACCCGAGGGCCGCCCUCUCCUACUUUCUGGUGCGGCCUGAGGCCAAGUACCUCUCUUCCCCAGCCCUCACGCCCUCGUUAACGCCCACGCUGACCUCCGCGUCACCGCCCUCGGUCGUCCAGUGAUAGGUCGGCGGUGACUAUAUCUCCCUUCGCGCUUAAACGGGUCCGCCAGGGCCCUCUAUGCGGUCGGCUGCACCAGGGCCCGCUAUGGAGCCGGCCGCACCAGGGCCCUCUAUGGAGCUGGCCGCACCAGGGCCGUCUAUGCGGCCGGCUGCACCAGGGUCGUCUACGGAGCCGGCCGCACCAGGGCCGUUUAUGGGGCCGGCCGCACCAGGGUCGUCUAUGGGGCCGGCCGCACCAGGGCCGUCUACGGGGCCGGCUGCACCAGGGCCUUCUACGGGGCCGGCUGCACCAGGGCCCUCUACGGGGCCGGCCGCACCAGGGCCCUCUACAGGGCUGGCCACACCAGCCUGCAGUGAGGCAGCAAUAGCAGCUUCAUCUCAGCGUCGGCCGCGCGUCUUACGAAGACGACGACACAGUUCGGGAGCGCAUUUCCCGGUGUAGUUAACAUUGCGAGUCAAAAAAAUUAUGUUUAAAAAUCCGCUCAGCGGUGCUCAGGCAAACACUGUGGCUUCGCCGGGCUGUAUUCUAUCUAACCCGGCAGAAACGUGGAUAUAUUUGUAUAUCAUAAAUACACAGAUAUAAUCCACAGCUACAUCUGUAUCAAAGCACAAUACCUGUUUUGUGUCACAUAUAGGCAUUAUAGACACAAUAGCUGUGUAUUGUAGCGUGGAUCGACUUUAUAGAAUACAGCAGUGUUGCGAUACACUUGAAGAUGGCGUAGAUACAUCGCCUGUGUAUUGAUGUUAUUUUAUUUUAUUUUAUGUUUUGGCACAAAAAUAAAAAAAUAGAUUUAUAUUAUCGUAAAUAAUGUGCAAUAUUUUCCGAUCUUACGUAACCGUAGUAAUGUUAGAUGUAAUAAUUCUAUAUUAAUAUCGGUAUUGUAAUAAAUUAUUAUCAUAUUGUGGUACUAAUAAGAUAUAGCCUCUCUCCGUCAGUGUGUUGGUGGUAUGCAGAUCUUAAACACGACUUUCUCUCACUCCUUCCCCCCCUAUGUAUUACGGGCUCACCAUAGCCCGUGCUACUUGGAACUUUUUGUUCCAAUCUUAAACAACAACAACAACAACCCUUAUGAGUAUCAACCGUUUUCAUUCAGGUGCAAUAUUUCCUGUUCUUAAAAAAAAAUGUGUCCCUAAAAAUACAUUGUUCCCUUUAAAAAGGUUUUUCCAUCUUUCAUUUUCAGAACUUUUUAUUUUUCUCGCUCUGCUAACAUCUUCUCUACUUUCUCAAAGUUCAUUACCUAUUUUAUUUAAAAAUAAUGUGCAUCCUUUAUUGCUAAUUAGACUUUUUUAUUGCAAAAAAAUUUUAGGGCAUUUAUUUCGUUAAGGUUCCAUGGUCCUCGUUCGCUUAUUUAGUUCGGGCUCCACAUCAAGCGUGGUCGCUAGUGAGGUAAAAUUGUGUUGAAAUAAUUGUCAUAAUUUGGACUUUUAUAAAUCAGUUAUCUGUAUAAGACAUUCGUAAACUCAGAUUUGUAAAAGUUCCAGUAAACUAUUUCUUCGUCCAAAAUUUACACGCCAGAUAAAAUAACCUGCAUUGAUUUUUUUUAUUGAUAUCCAAUAGACACAUAUUUUCGAUGUGGAAAAAGCCGUGAAUACAGUCUCUUAAUUGUCAACAAUCUAAGCGAGUUCCAGCAGAGUUGAUAUUAGAGCAGUCACCCAAAUAAAAGCGACGUUUUCAGCUUCUUUUCUUUUGUCACAUCCUCUACAUACACACACACACACACACACACACACACACACACACACACACACACACACACACACACACACACACACACACACAC